AUGAGCUUCAGAAACAGAGAUCAGCCAAAAGAUAUGGGUUCUCCAAGUCCAAGGGGAGAGGUUGGAGAGAUUGACACAAGAGCACCAUUUCAAUCUGUCAAAGCUGCUGUUAGUUUAUUUGGUGUAGUAGCUGUCCCCAGGGAAAGACUUUCAAUCAAGAGAAGAUCCUCAGAGAAUGUACUGGAAAAGGAGACUCAGCUUCUCUUGGCCCAGAGAGAAUUAAACAAGAUAAAGAAACUGCUGGAAAGUGCUGAGAAUACAAAAAAUAAAGCUCUUACUGAGCUUAAUAAGGCCAAUGUGACACUUCAGGAAUUGACAAAGAAGCUCACCAAUGUGAGAGAGUCUAAGCAAUCAGCAAUGGAAGCAGCUGAAGUUGUGAAGAAUCAGGCCAAAGAACUUGAAAAGGCUCUAUCCCAAAAAGCUAUAGGAUAUGAAGCUUGGAAACAAGAACUAGAGCAUGCAAGAAAGGAGUACACAGCAACUGUAACUGAACUAGAUGCUUCCAAGCAAGAACUCAACAAAAUCAGGCAGGAUUUUGAUGCAGCUUUGGAGGCAAAAUUGGCUGCAUUCCAGGCAGCAGGAGAAGCUCAGCGUUCGGCGAAAUUGAACUCGGAAAAGGUCAAUGAACUCUCAAAGGAAAUAGCAACCAUGAAAGCAUCAACUGAACAAUUGAAGCUUGCCUCUGCACAAGCCCAAGAAGAACAGACAAAGGUCGUGGGAGAAAGAGAAUCUCAACUAAGUUUUUACAAAACUGCUAAGGAAGAAGCACAAGCCAAAUUGAUAGCUUUAAAGAAUGAGUAUGAUCCUGAACCAAUCCAAAGUCUAGAGGCCAAACUUGCUGAAACAAAUGGAGAAAUUCAAGUUCUUAGAGAGCAGAUGAAAGAGGCUCAUGCUUCUGAGAUGGAUUCUGUGAGACAAAUAACUUUGGAGAUUAAAGAAGCCACAACGACACUGCAGGAAGUUGCUGCAGAAGAAAACUCCUUGAGAAACCUAGUGGCUUCUCUUAGGACAGAAUUAGAACAAGUGAAGAAAGAGCAAGAGGAGCUGAAGGAGAAGGAACAGGCAUUAGAAUCUCUUGCUGCUAACCUAGCUGGUGAACUACAAAGUAGCUUGGAAGGAACAGGACCUAAUGCAGGUUCUGUAGAAUCUGAACUCAGUGAUGAAACAGAUUUGAAAAUUAAGCAGCUGUUAUUUGAGACAGAAAAUGCAAGAAGAGAAGAAGAAGAAAUGAGAAUAAAAUCUCAAGAGCUGAAGCAAGAAGCUGAAAAAUCCAAAGCUGUGGCUGAAGAAUUAGAGAAGAAACUAGAGCUUCUACAGAAACAGGCUGAAGAAGCAAAAGCAGAAGAACAAAGAGCCAUUGAGGAGAUGAAGAUGAUGUCUGACACACAAGGUACAGUCUCAGAUUCAGAUUCCAAUGGUAAGAUCAUAUUAACAGUUGAUGAGUUUGCGGAUCUGAGUGGAAAAAUAAAGGAAUCUGAAGAUUUGAUUGAUAGAACAGAAACAGCUGCCAUGGUUCAAGUGGAAGCAAUAAACACAAGAAGAAAUGAAGUAGACAGAAAAGUGGAAGCUAAUCUGAAAGCAAUUGAAGAAAUAAAGGCUGCAACAGAUAUGGCACUGAGGAAUGCAGAGAUGGCAGAUUCUGCAAAACUAGCAGUUGAGGGUGAACUAAGAAGGUGGCGUCAAGAAGAACAAAAAACUGAUUUGGAUUACUCAGAUAAUUAUUCAAGACCAAUCUCCCUGCGCAUCUAG